GAUACGAUCACUGUAGCAAACAAAUUUCUGAACAUUAUUGCAAAAUGAUGAUGCAUUGGGACAGAGUUCUAGCUCUAUCUACUGAAUCCAUCUCUGCAGAGUUCAGUGUCACUAAUCAUCUGAAUGAACUGCAGCAGAGGGGAGACCGGCUCUAUUUUUUGCCCCCACAUUUUUUUUUCUAGAAUGCUGUCUAUCUGUCCCUGCAGUGGAAGUGUCCGCACACGCCCAUUGAGACGGAGAGUUUUUCAUGAAUCAGCUCUCCAUCAGUCAGUUCAGUUCAGUUCUGCUCCUCAGAAGCGGAGCAUCAUGACUCGAGCUGCACUCAACAUCCUCACCGUUAUCAUUCUCCUUCUGCCCCGAUGCUGCGACGCAAACCGCAAACUCCUGGUGUUUCUGAUCGAUGGCUUCCGUUAUGAUUACAUGGACGAUUUACAAAACUUGGCUGGAUUUAGAGAAAUCGUGGAAAACGGUGUUAAAGUGGAUUACCUGACUCCAGAUUUCCCUAGUCUGUCCUAUCCCAACUACUACUCUCUAAUGACAGCAAACGAUUUCCCUAGUCUGUCCUAUCCCAACUACUACUCUCUAAUGACAGGACGCUACUGCGAGGUGCACCAGAUGACUGGAAAUUACAUGUGGGAUAAAGACACCAUGAAAGAGUUCCUGAUUGGAACGAAUCCGGACAGCCGUCUGCCCAUGUGGUGGGACGGAUCCGAGCCGCUGUGGGUCACCAUGCAGAAACUAGGGAAGAGAGUCUACAUGUACUACUGGCCAGGUUGUGAAGUGACGAUUCGUGGAGUCCGACCUACAUUCUGUGAGGAAUAUGUGUACAACCCUUCAGAGAAGAACCUGAUCGACUCCAUGGAGAGUGCUCUGAAUAUGUUGAAAAGCGAUAAAGCAGACAUGGCUGGGAUUUAUUACGAGAAGAUUGAUGUGGAAGGACAUCACUUUGGGCCACAUUCUCCGGAAAUACAGCGUGCCAUUCGCUCACUGGACCAGGCUUUCCAGACCCUCAACCAGAAAAUCAAGGAGAAGAACAUGAGAGAUAUAAACGUGGUCCUGUUCUCUGAUCAUGGCAUGACAGAGCUCCAGUGGAUGGAGAAAGUCAUUGAACUGGACAGCUACAUUGACAUGACGCACAUCAUUAAAAUGAUGGACAGGGGGCCAGUGGUCAGUCUGUGGCCCAAACAGGACAAGUUUGAAGAGAUCUAUCAAAACCUGAGCACAGUGGACAACAUGAAUGUUUAUAAGAAACAAGAGAUCCCAGACCGCUUCCACUACAAGAACGGGAGGUUCGUCUCAACGCUGACGCUCAUUGCAGAGCCUGGAUGGUUUAUCACAGAGAAUAAAGCCAAGCUGCCCUUCUGGAAAAACGGCACAGAGGAGGCGGAGGGCUGGCAACACGGAUGGCACGGUUAUGAUAAUGAGUUUAUGGACAUGAGGGGGUUCUUUUUGGCACAGGGACCAGACUUCAAGACGAACUUCCGCGCUGGUCCCAUCCGAACAGUGGAUGUGUAUAAUGUUUUGUGCAAGACGCUGGGGAUCGAGCCCCUGCCCAACAACGGCUCGUGGUCUCGUGUGGAGUGUAUGAUGAGGAGCUCGGCUGGCGCUGUACGAGCCGCUCUGAUCUACAGCUUUCUGCUGCCGCUGAUGCUGCUGCCGCUCUAGAGGACUCCCCCAAUGCUUUCACUGUGGGAGCGCACAGAUCAAACACAUAUUUUAUGCCUUUGGGUGUGCCAUGAUGUCGGAUAAGUGCCAAGAAAAACAUUUUUAGGCUAUAAGCUUUUUGCUGCACUUCCUCUAUUUUUGAGUUGUAAAUAUCAUUCAUUGAUGAUGAAGUAGAAGAAAUGAUGUUGGUGUUAGAUGAACCAAUUUGCACUUUCUCCCUGAAAGAUUUAUAUUUUAGUUUUUUUAGCAUUUUGUUAGUGGUCUCCAUCUGUUUUCUGUUGUUUUGUGAGUGGUCUAUUUGCAUCUACUCACACAGAGCAGUUUUUGGAAUAAUGUAAAUUUACUUGACUAGUUGGCUAGUAUCACAUCUCUGUCAAGAUAUAUACUGUUUUAAAUGCAAGGCAUUAUUUUAUUCUAUUGUUAUUACUUGUUUAAUUUCUACUGUAGAUUAUAUAACUAUAGAUUCUCCAUCUCUUUAGUACAUGGUUUGCACUAAUUUAUUUCUAAAUAAAUAAAAAAAUGUAUUUCCUCAAUAAAAGUAAGGUUAUUUCU